UGGCCGCUGUUGUAUUUUGACGUAUAAUAGCUAGCUACUUUUCUUUUUGUUUCAUUCUCGGUAGAAAACUAGAAAACGGGAGGCGUUUUGGGGGGACCGUAUCUCGCCAGCCUCCGCUUAUCCGCGUCGUAGUUUUUAUACAGAGGACAAUCACGACUGACACGCAUUUGUUGGACCGACUUAGACUAUGCAUUUUUAGUGGUAACAGCAGCGAGCUAGCGGGCUCUGGCUGGCGAGUAGUUAGCCAACUUAGCUGCGAGGAUGGAGGAGUUAAGCGCAGAUGAGAUUCGUAGAAGGCGGCUGGCACGACUGGCAGGAGGACAGACAUCACAACCCAGCACCCCUUUCAGCACACCCCUGACCUCCCCACAGAGAGAGACUCCACCUGGACCCCUCCCUGGACCCUCAGGUGUCGCUCUCCAAGCUGUGCCACCAGCUGGCGCUCAGUCAUUGGGGUUCAAUGUCCACAGUGGUACCCCUGCCACGUCCCCCAUGGGCAUCUCUGGAGUGGCAUAUGGCAGUCAAAGCAGCGAGGGUGUGAGUUCGCUCUCCAGCUCCCCCUCCAACAGCCUUGAAACUCAGUCCCAGAGUUUGUCCCGAUCGCAGAGCAUGGAUAUUGACCCGGCCUCCUGUGAAAAGAGCAUGUCCCAGGUGGACGUGGACUCAGGGAUAGAGAACAUGGAGGUGGAGGACAGUGAUCGCAGGGAGAAAAGGAACUUGUCUGAAAAGGAAACCUGUUCAAACUCGGAUGUCUCUGAAGAACAGGCUCUGCAGCUCAUCUGUAAGAUCCUCCGUGUAUCGUGGAAGGAGCAGGAUAGAGAUGUCAUCUUUCUCCCUUCCCUGGCCGGAGAGUUUCAGCAGAACCCUAAAGAUGUAUUUUCUGACUUCAAAGACCUGAUCGGCCAGAUACUGAUGGAAGUCUUAAUGAUGUCAUCCCAGUCAUGUGUCCACAACCCGUUUGCCAGCUUGACUGCCACCUCACAGCCAAUUGCAGCAAAAUCGUCUGAGCACCAUCUGACGCUGGUGCAGCCCUCUAGCCAAGGUGGCAGUCCAAUGGGCCCCAGUGCUGGGUCCUUUGGUGCCAGCUCUCUGUCAAGUCUUUAUGGCUGCAGCACUCCUCACCCAAUGGCUUUGGAUGCAGCCAAGAGGACUUGCACAUGUCUCUCCACACCCACAACAUCCACAGUACCUUCUACACCUCCUACUCCAUCAUUUGUUGUUCCCUCGAGUUCACCCACUACCACCACUCCGAGGCAAUUCCUCAACCCGCCAUCUGCCCCCAUGCCCAUCUCUCAGCGGUAUCGACCGUACUCUGUCACCAGUCCCUUUGGAGCCACUUCCCCACUUACCCCAGGUCUCAGAGGAUUUAGUUUCCCAUGUCCCACUCCAGCUGGGUCCUCUGUUCCUCCCAACACCCCAGUUCCUGUGCAGCCAGUUUCCCCCCAGUCCCUCUCCUUGAGUUCACCUAGGGCUCACAACCAGCCUUCCUCCACAACGUCUCCUGUUGUGCCUCCUUCUCCGAGAUUGAAUGCUCAACAGGCUACCUUUGGUACCCGGAUCCCACCAUCUAGCCCCUUGUCGUUCCUGUUUUUUGCCCUUUCUGAUAUGUCUCAGGACAACAGUGAUGAAGAUUCUGGGGAGGAGGAAGAUUUUUCACAGGUUCAGUUCGGGUCCAGUCUUGGUGCAUGUGGAGGAGGAAUACCCAGCGAUUCAGCCAGCGAUCGCUUCACCAUCGAAGCAUGCAAAGAGACAGAGAUGCUGAACUACCUCAUUGAGCGUUUUGACAGUGUUGGCAUGGAGGAGAGGAAAGCUCCCAAGAUGUGUAGCCAACCAAACAUCAGCCAGCUUCUCAGUAACAUUCGCUCUCAGUGUAUCUCUCAUGUCGCCCUAGUUCUGCAGGGCACCCUGACCCAGCCUCGGAGCCCCCUCCACCAGUCUCUGCUGGUACCUUAUCUGCUGUGUCGGAACCUUCCAUAUGGCUUUAUUCAAGAGCUUGUGCGCAUUACCCAUCAGGAAGAAGAAGUGUUCAAACAGAUCUUCAUUCCCAUCCUCCAUGGGCUUGCACUUGCAGUGAAGGAAUGUUCCUUUGACAGUGACAAUUUUAAAUUCCCCCUCAUGGCAUUAGCUGAACUUUGUGAAAUUAAGUUUGGAAAGACCCACCCUGUGUGCAAUUUGGUAACAUCGCUGCCUCUUUGGUGUCCCAAACCUCUAAGUCCUGGUUGUGGCAGAGAAGUCCAGAGACUGUCCUACCUUGGGGCGUUCUUUAGCCUCUCAGUGUUUGCUGAAGAUGAUACUAAAGUAGGAGACAAGUAUUUCUCUGGGCCAGCCAUCACCAUGGAGAACACGCGAGUGGUCAGCCAAUCUUUGCAGCACUACCUGGAGUCAGCAAGGUCUGACAUGUUCAAGGUUCUCCACAACAUCCUGCUAAAUGGAGAAACGCGCGAGUUAGCCCUUACCUGCAUGGCAGGUUUAGUCAACUACAAUGUGAAGAAAGCCCAGAUGCAGACCGACGACAAGCUGGUGUCUACAGAUGGCUUCAUGCUCAACUUUUUAUGGGUGCUGCAGCAGCUUAGUAUGAAGAUCAAGCUGGAAACGGUUGACCCGUUCUACAUUUUCCAUCCACGGUGCCGCAUUGUCGUCAGCCUGGAAGAGACUCGUGUCAAAGCUACCAUGGAAGAGCUCAAAAGCUGGUUAACCGAACUGCACGAAGACCCCACUAAGUUCUCAGAACCCAAGUUCCCCACCGAGUGCUUCUUCUUGACGCUUCACACCCACCAUUUGUCCAUCCUGCCUGGCUGCAGACGCUACAUCCGCAGAUUGCGGGCCAUCCGUGAACUCAACAGAACUGUAGAGGAGCUGAAAAACAGUGAGAGCCAAUGGAAAGAUUCUCCCCUGGCAAGUCGCCACAGAGAAAUGCUCAAACGAUGCAAAACUCAGCUCAAGAAACUAGUGCGAGCCAAAGCUUGCGCUGACGUGGGCCUUCUGGAUGAGAACCUGCUCCGCAGAUGUCUGCAGUUUUACAGCACCGUCAUCCAGCUCAUUCUUCGCAUGGUGGACCCUGCCUACCCCAACAUUACCCUACCAUUGAACCCUGAGAUUCCCAAAAGCUUUGCUGCUCUGCCUGAGUUUUACAUUGAGGAUGUGGCAGAGUUUCUGCUUUUUGUUGUGCAGUACUCCCCACAGGUUUUGUAUGAGCCGUGCAUUGGGGACAUUGUCACAUUCUUGGUGGUGUUCAUCUGCAAUCAGAGCUACAUCAGGAACCCUUACCUUAUCGCCAAGUUGGUGGAGGUGUUGUUUGUCACCAAUCCUGCUGUACAGCCUCGAACUCAGCGAUUCUCAGAAAUGAUGGAGAACCACCCAUUGUCUGUCAAACACCUGGUCCCUGCUCUCAUGAAGUUCUACACAGAUGUUGAGCACACUGGUGCUACCAGCGAGUUCUAUGAUAAAUUCACUAUACGGUACCAUAUCAGCACCAUCUUCAAGAGUCUCUGGCAGAAUAUUGCUCAUCAUGGCACCUUCAUGGAGGAGUUCAACUCUGGCAAGCAGUUUGUGCGUUACAUCAACAUGCUGAUUAACGACACCACCUUCUUGCUGGAUGAGAGCCUUGAGUCCCUGAAGCGUAUCCACGAAGUUCAAGAGGAGAUGAAGAAUAAGGAGCAGUGGGAUCAGCUGCCCAGGGAGCAGCAGCAGAGCCGCCAGUCCCAGCUGACUCAGGAUGAGCGGGUGUCUCGCUCCUAUCUGGCCCUGGCUACGGAAACGGUUGAAAUGUUCCACAUCCUCACUAAGCAGGUUCAGAAGCCUUUCCUCAGGCCUGAGCUCGGGCCUCGUUUAGCUGCUAUGCUGAACUUUAACCUUCAGCAGCUCUGUGGGCCCAAAUGCCGGGACCUAAAGGUGGAAAACCCUGAAAAGUAUGGCUUUGAGCCUAAGAAGCUUUUAGACCAGCUGACUGACAUCUACCUGCAGCUAGAUUGUGCCCGCUUUGCUAAAGCAAUUGCAGAUGAUCAGCGGUCAUACAGUCGUGAAUUGUUUGAGGAAGUGAUCUCAAAGAUGAGGAAAGCUGGUAUUAAGUCUUCUAUCGCCAUUGAAAAAUUCAAGCUGCUAUCCGAGAAGGUGGAAGAAAUAGUCGCCAAGAACUCCCAGUCUGAAAUGGACUACAGUGAUGCACCGGAUGAGUUCAAAGACCCUCUGAUGGACACACUUAUGAAUGACCCUGUUAUGCUGCCCUCUGGAAAUGUCAUGGACAGAGCCAUCAUCUUGCGCCACCUGCUCAACUCCUCCACUGACCCAUUCAACAGGCAACCACUCACAGAGAGCAUGCUAGAGCCAGUGCCUGAACUGAAGGAGAGGAUCCAUGCUUGGAUGAGAGAGAAGCAGGGAGGAGGGCGGCUUCUCUAAGAACCACGUCGCAGAUGUCUGGCUUGCUAAUCAUCAUGAAGGGAUUUGAUCUGUCCAAAAUGCCUGAAUUCAAUGUCACUACUACCAAUGAGAACAAAAACAUUUUGAAUUGGGAGGGGGGGGAGGAGACCUGAUUUGAUUUUUAUUUGCAUUUACCCUUUUUGUCUCAAACCAUUAUCAUGGUUCUAAAAGCAAAACAUAAUAAAGUGAAGACUUUUAAGCUUUUUGUCAUGAGUUUGUGUAUGUAUCAAAAUACUUGCACAUAUUUAGCAGUAGUUUGAUGCAAUGGAGUUAUAUAAAAAUCUUUCCAACAAACAGGUUUAGCAGCACCCCUUUUACAGUAACUUAAUUGAUCAUCUCCCUCAAUGAUUCAUAUUUUGUUCUACAUUCUGUCUUUUGGCUUCAUUAAAAGAUUUACUUGAGGAAGAGUGGUGAGCAGUACAAUACUUUUGGGAGUCCGUAGGUUCUGUUAUAACUGUUUGCCUUGAUUUUUCACUGUCAAGAUUGUGGUUAAGCGUUCACAAAAUUAUUAGCUUACUUAUGCUGUUUAUGCUUUAAAAUUAAAUGUGAGAUUCACCUUUAAAGAUCUAAAUGAACAAAUCGUUAAAGUUAGCAUCUUUCUAGUACGUGAAAGAGAUUAGUAUGUUAUGGGUAACAUUUUUAGAUGCAUUUCCCCUGUUAAAUUCAGUGGACUGAAGUCAUGAAUGUGUGAGGCUUCAUAAGAGAAUGUAGGAUGUCUCACAGAAAUGCCACCUUUUGAGAGUGUUUUCACCUCAGAUGGUUACCUUCGAAUGGCACUGUACCUCACCUGACCUUGACUGCCCUUAACUCGACAGGAGGUGAUUUCCUUGAACUACAUACCUUUUUUGCAAGUUAGAAUUUUGAAUUUAAAUAAAUGAUAGACAUUA